UGAGAUUGUAAGUACUCAGGCUAGGCACAGAUCACCACUGGACAGGACAGAGAGAGGAGGGUGGAGAGGAAAAGAAGGGAAAAGUUUAAUAAAGGUACAAGUAGAAGAAGAAUGGACAGUUAGGGCAUUAAACUGUAUUUUAGUAUACUGAAAGCCUUUUAAAAAAGGGAAACAAAGUAUAAUAGAAAAUAGAGUAGGUGUAAGGUAUGGGCUGUCCAGUUCUUUGUGUUAUUCUGCUGUCCUCACUACUGUGCCUCUGCGGAGUGCAAACUCAGGACAUGAGAGAACGGGAUGCACUCUGCAGCGAGGAUGGGUGCUACGUGCUCUAUUUUCAGCGGAAGAUCUUCCUGGAAGCUUGGCGGAACUGCAAGGAGCAAGGAGGGAACCUGGCCAUCAUCAGGCAUUCGAAGGAAGCAGCAAUGGUGAGGGAGCUCUUCUCAAAUGUGGAACUGAGAUCACACCACAGAGGCAAGGUAAAUAUCUGGAUUGGCCUUCAGAGACAACCCCGACAAUGUUCAUCCACCCGGCCUCUGCGUGGCUUCUCGUGGGUCACUGGAGAUCAGGAUACCCAAUACACUAACUGGCUGCAAGAGGACCUGGCCAGUGCCUGCUCAUCCCCACGAUGUGUGGUGAUGCCUUAUAGCACCGUGGCCCAUGAGCAAGGGCAUAAUCUAAAAUGGAAGGACGGACCUUGUUCGAUAACAAUGGAUGGCUACCUGUGCAGGCACAAUUUCCCAGGCAUGUGUACAGCUAUUGCUAGUGAGGGAGGUGGGAAUACACUGUAUACUACGCCUUUUAACCUGCUGAGUACUAUCUUAACCCAUAUCCCGUAUGGAUCAGUUGCUGCUGUACCUUGUCCUGCUAAAGAUGACCAAUCAAUUCUAUGCACACAAAAGGAUGAUGGAACUGUAGGUUGGAACAGGGAACCACCUUUUUGCUCAGAUACGCCUAAGACAAGCUGGUGCGAUAAAGACAACGGAGGUUGUCAUCACUACUGCAUUGAGAGUAACAUGCACUACUUUUGUGAUUGCAAUGAUGGCUUUCUCCUGGCUGAAGAUGGGGUAAGUUGCAUUCCGUCUGACCCUUGCAAUGGGGCUCCAUGUGAGUUUGAGUGCUUGCCUGUGAUGGAUGGCUACCGCUGUGCGUGUCCUGAUGGCUACAUGCUGGCACCUGAUGAACGGGGCUGUGUAGAUGUCGAUGAAUGCCUACAGAGUCCCUGUGAGCAUAUCUGUGUGAACGCUCCUGGAACCUUUGAGUGUCGCUGCCGCGAUGGCUACCGACAGGAUGAAGAUGGUGCCUGUGAAGAUGUGGAUGAGUGUUUGGACAACCCAUGUGAGCUUGCGUGUGAGAACACAAUGGGCUCCCAUAUUUGCCACUGCCAUCUUGGUUUUGCCCCAUUGCCAGAAGACCAGAGUCGUUGUCAUGACAUUGACGAAUGUCAAAUUGAAGGAACAUGUGAGCAGAUGUGCAUCAAUUAUGAGGGGGGCUUUGAGUGCUACUGUGAAGAAGGUUAUACUCUUCGACUUGACCAAUAUUCCUGCAGUCCCAUCUGGGACGACCUGGAGACUCGGUCAACCACUGUCCCCAACCCAUGGAUUACUCAGAACCCCAUUUGGAAACCAGAGGAUCCUGUAUACCCAUGGCACCCUCCACCUGAUUCUGACUGGAACUGGCAGACUGAGCCACCCAAUGUGGAGACGGUUCCGACAGACCUGAUUUGGACAACUGAAGAGGAACCUGAAACGACUACACCGACUGAAAGCUCCCCUGAGGUCACUAAUGUAGAUGGUGAGCUUAAUCCAGAACAACCUAAAAUUCAUAAUGUUUUUUUUUCACCAACUCUGACGCCCACACCAGACUAUUAUGAGGAUGAGAGCACCACGGUUCCCACAGUCCACCCUUCCUCCACAGCUUCAGGCGGAGCUUGGAAUUGGCUCUGGUUCAGCUCAACCCAAACAAAGCCUGAGACACAGGAAACUGCAAAGAACCCUCUUGACCUUUCUGGAGAAUAUGAGUCUUAUGAACAAGAUCGUGAUCAUGUUGACGUGUAUGAUGAUGAAUCAACCACCUUUGGUCCAGGGCAACAAACUUCCACCCUUAUCCCAAUGCAGUCCCGAGGAAUAGAGGAGGCCAUGGAUGGCAAUAGCAGCAACCAGAGCCAAGGAACCAGCUGGUUGCUAGUCGGAUUGCUAGUGCCACUUUGCAUCUUCAUUGUGGUGAUGGUGGUCCUGGGCAUUAUCUAUUGCACUUGCUACACAGUUAAACCACAGAACAAGAACACCAGCGAUUGCUAUCACUGGAUUGCCGGUGCUGGUGAUAAAGCGGCUGCUGACAUAUCUGGUAGCGCAACUAAAUCCCAUGUUUAAGCAAGAAGGUCUGUGACAGAACAGUGUGAAAUUGUAAAUAAACUUUGUUUUGUAACUUCACAGUAGCAAGAGUUCUGAGAAGAAUUUGAUGAAUUAAGUGUAGCACCCCAUCCUUUCCCUUUGACAUUUUCAAUUCAUGAUUAUUUAUGGAUGUUUGUCUGGACAAUCUGCUAAGUGAGAAAUGGGAGGUGGGGGGGCAAGGAGGAAUGACUCUAAAACCACUGAGCCACUCAUUCUCUGCUGUCCUCAAAAGCAAUAAAUGUUGUUCUACUGUUGGUCACACUGAUCUCUUAGUUUGCAAAACAGUUGCUCAACAGCCACAUAGCAAGCGAGAGAGUAACGUGGGUUAUUUAUUUUUAAUUUUGAAAGAACUUUCCAUCUGUGUCAUUCAAGAGACUCAUGUCUUCACCGAUUUGUUCUCUAAGGAGCCAUAAUUUCAGUCCAUUUUGACAAUGUCGAGAUUUUUAUUCCCUGUUGUGAUUUCAGUCUGAUCCAGACCAAGAAAAAGGCUUUCUAUGUUGUUUUUACCAAACUGUGCCUAACAAGUCUUGUAACAAGAUGAUUUGAAAAUGCUUUCUAAGCAUUCUGCGUUUAAUGACAGUAAUCUGACAAAAAUUGCUCUGAAAUCAGUUCUUUAGCGGUCAGCAUGCAUGUAGACAGUCUGGUCAUUAUGCCACACUGUGAGAGUUAAGUUGGUUAUAAUUCACAAGCAUUUUGAAAUGUCAGACAAUCAUGUACCAGUGACUGUCCUUGAUUGUUUGCAGUAUGUGUUUUGAUAUUCUUGAGGCUAUAUGAAGGUAAGGUACAGAUAAACUUGUUUAAAACACAAACCACCAAAUGUCCUGCUCUAACUACUCCCUGAUUUUUUAAAAAACUGUUUAUUAAAGUGCUCAGUAAGGUUUAAGGGUUUGUCUUCAUUAUUUGAGACAUGCAGUAUUUGUUUUGUUGCUAUGCCCAUAUAAUCAAUAGGCAACUUGUGGUUUAAUUUGUAGGUUGCAACUUUGGUAAGAGUAAGGGUUUACUCAGUUCUGUAAAAGUAAUUAUCCCUCCUUUUUAUUCUUAAUCCUUUCAACACUUCUCAUCUCCUCCCAGAUUUCCUUUCUCUUUUUAUCCACACGGAUACUGAGAGAUUUUCAGUGAUUGACGGUGGUACUAUGAAAGUACAGAACACAUGUUCUGUACUCAGUACCAGCUGAUUAUCCAAUCAGAUAAAUCUGUCCAGACAUCAGAGAACUCCUUACUGUCAUGCAGUGUUGUGGAUAAUUGGUGUGCUCAGCCUUCACAUCAUCACAGGAAAAGCACUCUGGUGUAAUCGCUUGAACUGACAGCUUCCUACAUGUUUUGCUGUUAUAGUUACAGUUUUGUGUGAGAUGACUUUAGGUUUGGGUGGUCAGAUACACUACAGUUCAAAUGUUUGGGGUCAGUAAAUUAAUUUUUAAUUAUUAUUAUUAUUAUUAUUUUUUUUUUGUAAAU